GGACUCCCUUCAUCUGGACCGAGGUAGACCGGGUCGAGCUUCCAGCGCGGUGUGAGGAUUGUGUAUGGGUUGUUGACAAGGCAUUACUAUUUAAGAAUGGAAGAAGAUACAGAUUAUAGAAUCAGAUUUAGUUCUCUGUGUUUUAUUAAUGAUCAUGUUGGAUUUCAUGGCACGGUAAAAAGCUCACCAAGUGACUUUAUUGUUAUUGAAAUUGAUGAACAGGGAGAGUUAGUUAAUAAGACCAUUGAUGAGCCUGUUUGUGAGAUUAGUGAAAUACCACCUGAGCCAAAUAAUUUUCCCAAAAAACCAAAACUAGAUCUUCAAAAUCUAUCCUCUGAAGAUAGAAGUAGCCAAGAAGUUAAUAAUUUGGCUAGGUGCUCUGAUAGUGACCAAAAUCAUCAGUCUGGUUCAAAAAAGGAAGAUACUAUCAAUAAUGGGAUUUCCAAAUGUGAAGAAAAAGCUGAUGUAGUAAGCCCCUUUUUAGAUGAAAAAACUAAUGAGUUACUGAAUUGUUUUGCCUGUGAUAUAAAAGAGAAGUGGCUUUCUAAAACUGAGCUAACUGGACCAUCUCCUGAAUUUUCAAUAGGCAGAAUCCUUGAUAAAAACCAGAGGGCUAGUUUACAUAGUGCUAUUAGGCAGAAAUUUCCUUUUUUAAUGACUGUAGGAAAAAACAGUGAAAUUGUUGUAAAACCAAAUCUUGAUUAUAAAGAACUCUGUCACUUAGUAUCUGAAGAAGAAGCAUUUGAAUUUUUUAAAUAUUUGGAUGCAAAGAAAGAAAAUUCCAAAUUUACCUUUAAACCUGAUGCAAACAAAGACCACAGAAAAGCCGUCCACCAUUUUGUCAACAAGAAAUUUGGAAAUCUCGUGGAAACCAAAUCUUUUCCUGAACUGAAUUACAAUGCUAAUAAUCUAAAUGUGGUGAUAACAGUAAGAUUUCGGGAAAAGGCACACAAGCAUGGGAAAAGGUCUCUUCUUGAAUGCCAGGAAAGAAAAGAUAUAUAUACAGCUUUUACCCUACGAAAGGAAAAUCUGGAAAUGUUUGAAGCAAUUGGUUUUUUAGCUAUCAAACUUGGUGUGAUUCCUUCAGAUUUUAGUUAUGCAGGCCUUAAAGACAAGAAAGCCGUCACCUAUCAAGCAAUGGUUGUUAGAAAAGUGACUCCAGAGAGGUUGAAAAAUAUUGAAAAAGAAAUUGAAAAGAAAAGAAUGAAUGUGUUUAAUAUUCGGUCUGUAGAUAAUUCCCUUAGACUUGGUCAGCUCAAAGGAAAUCACUUUGAUAUUGUCAUCAGAAAUGUAAAAAACCAAAUAAAUGAUUCUGUAAACUUGCAAGAGAGAAUUUUGGAGGCAAUAGAAAAUGUUAAGAAUAAAGGCUUUGUGAAUUACUAUGGACCACAGAGAUUUGGGAAAGGAAGAAAAGUUCACACAGAUCAAAUUGGACUGGCUUUGCUGAAGAGUGAAAUGGUGAAGGCCAUAAAAUUAUUUCUUACACCAGAAGACUUGGACGAUCCCAUAAAUAGAGCAAAGAAGUAUUUUCUUCAAACUGAGGAUGCUAAAGGCACCCUUUCAUUGAUGCCUGAGUUCAAAGUUCGAGAGAGAGCAUUGUUGGAAUCAUUGCAUCGCUUUGGCAUGACGGAGGAGGGUUGUGUCCAGGCAUGGUUCUCUUUUCCCCAUUCCAUGCGCAUAUUCUAUGUUCAUGCAUAUAGCAGCAAAAUUUGGAAUGAGGCAGUGUCUUACAGACUUGCAACCUAUGGAUCAAGAGUAGUGGAGGGUGAUUUGAUCUGUUUGGAGGAAGAUAUUGAUGAUGAGCAUCUCCCAAAUAGUAAAGUUCAUCUUGUAACCAAAAAAGAGGAAUCAGCUAAUACAUAUGCAAUACAUCAGGUGGUUCUUCCAGUACUUGGAUACAAUAUUCAGUACCCAAAGAACAAAGUAGGGCAAUGGUAUCAUGAAAUACUUAGCAGAGACGGACUACAAACAUGUAGGUUUAAAGUACCUGCUCUGAAACUGAACGUACCAGGAUGCUAUAGACAGAUUUUGAAACAUCCCUAUAAUCUCUCAUACCAACUGAAGGAAAAUCAUGACAUUGAUGUCAAAACGGAAGGUUCCCACAUAGAUGAAGCAACUUUAUCUCUUUUGAUCUCUUUUGAUCUUGACAGUUCGUGUUAUGCCACAGUUUGUCUGAGGGAAAUAAUGAAGCAUGAUGUUUAAAACUGAUACCUUUGAUAUAAUCAUAUAUAUGUCACUCUUUGAAGGAAGGGAAGCUAAAAUUUCUUGAGCAUCUACCAUAUGCUAGGAGCUUCCUAAUUGUUACCUCCUUUAAUUUUCACAGCAACCUGAGAAGUUGGAAUUUGAUGCUGUAAUGUUCCAGAAGGACAUAUAGCUAGAAAGUCUCAGGGUCUGAAUUUAAGAUCUGACUCCAAAGUCUAUGUUUUUUCUAUUAUAUAAUGUUUCCGUGACCUUUAUUCUGUGUCACAAAAGUUACAGUCUUUUUAAACCAAUAGGAACAUAACACUGCAAGAUAACAUUUAGGGAAAAAAACUUGUAUGGUAAUGUUCAUAUUCUCUAUCUCCUUGCUUAGAACAGAAGUGAAACUAGGUUGCAGUGAAAGCAUAUGGUUGGAGAAAAAGAUAAAUGAAGCAUUUUGCUAAUUAUUAUCUUUAACUAUUUUUGAAAUUAUUGAUCAGAACAACAUACAAGGGAAAUACCAACCCUCUAUUUAUGGUGGCUACCCCAGGGUAGUUAUUAUCCUUUUAUGAGAUACAUAAUCUUUGAUGAAGAUUGAAAUACAGUUUUUUUAAUAUAAUUUCUAUAUCUUGACAUGCAUUGACCAUCUUGCCUUUUCAAUAUUUUUAAUCUAUUAUCUAAAAUAUAGAUUUUAGAGUCAGACAGAUCUGUGCUCAGACUCCAACUCUGACACUAGUGACUUUGGGUACAUUAUUCAUUGUGCGUCUCUUAUAGAAUCAAGGCAAUGCUAACUUCAUAAGUGACAAAUAGGAUUAUCUCCACUUUUUAUGUUGCUAGAGGAAUAAAACACAUAGCCCGUUUGAAAAUUUUAAUGUUUGUUAGUUUAACUAUCCCACAUCGUAAAUCAUCCUUAACCAUUUUAUAUUAGUUAAAUUUUGGUGGUGGGGAGGAGGAAAUGACUAUUAUGCUUUGGGAAUAUCUGAGCAUUUUUUCAUUGUUGGUAAUACUAUAUAGGGAUGAAAUUUAAAAAGUAUAGAGCAUUGUUUAUCAGUGAUAUGGCACUUUAUGUACUUAAGUGAAUCAAACUGUUUGGGGAAAUAUUAGCAUAAGUAAAUAAAAUUCAAAAGAAGGAAAAGAAGCUAUAUGCAAUACAAAAUUUGCCUAUUGCAGCCUUUUUAUAUGUAAUGAAAGAAAUUAAAAAUAGUUUCAAAGUCCAUCAUUAAAUAACUAAUGUAAAUAAGAUGAGAUGUACCAACAUAAUGGCAAAAUAUGUAGUUAUUAAAAAUAGUGAUGAACUUUUUAGUUAAAUGAGAAAUGUCCCCCAAAAGUAGAACACAUGUAUUACAAAUGCAAUGAUACACUGAAACAGCUUUUACAAAUGAGAGACAUGUUAGUAUAGAUAUCAGAGAUAAACUCACCCAGUUUGAACCCUGGCUCUGCCACUUAUAGCAGUGCGGCCUUGGGCAAAUUAUUUAAGCUCAUGUACUUACUUCAGUUUCAACAUCUAUGAAAUAGUGAUGUUAAUAUUACCUACCUCAUGGGGUAAUUGUGAGGAUUUUCUGAGUUAAUAUAUGUAAAGCAGCUUUAAAAAGUGCUUGGCACAUAGUUAUUGUUAAAUGUCUGUGAAUGCAAAUUUGGAAGAGAAAAGAAAAAAAAUGAAAAUGCCAUUCUAUUAAGAUAAUGGGGUUUUAGAUUUUGUUAAUACUAAAAAUGUCCUUGUUUUGUCAUUACAUAUUUUAGCAAUAAGUAAUACUCAA